AUGGAGAGCCAAGCAGGACUUGGAGGGCAGAGCCCCAGGGACCCAGAGGACACCCAGCCCCAGAUGGAGGAGAGCAAGGGCAGGAGGAAUAAGAAGCCCUACAAGAGGCACCCCAAGCCCCCCUACUCCUACCUGGCUCUCAUCGCCCUGGUCAUCCAGAGGGCCCCCCAGAAGAGGCUCAAGCUGGCCCAGAUCCUCACUGAGAUCCAGCACCUCUUCCCAUUCUUCACAGAGGGCUACCAAGGCUGGAAGGACUCCAUCCGCCACAAUCUCUCCUCCAACCGGUGCUUCCUGAAGGAGGAGACCAACAAUGGGAAGGGGAAAAGGAAUUUCUGGAGGGUUGAUGUGGAGCAGAUCCCUCCAGGACUCUUGAGGCGCCAGAACACCCGGGCACCUCGACUCGGGGGUGCCCCCUUCGUCUCGGACCUGGCCCCCUUCAUCCUCCAUGGGGAGCCCUACCCACCCCCUUCCCUUGGCAAGGAUGCCCCCAAGGAAGAUCCAUCCCCUGGCAGCUUUGAGGAGAGCAGUGAUCCCCCCAAGAAAAGCUCCUCCUUCAGGAUUGAGGAGCUGGUGCCGGAGGUGGCAAGAGAGGCCUCCCUAGAGAAUGACAGCAGUCUUGGUCUUGCAGGGUCCCCAUCAUUCUUCCAGGCUUCCUACCCCAGCAUGCCCUCCCUCCCACCUCCAUUUUACUGGGACCAGCCUCCCAGCAUGCCCUGGGUCCAGCCAGCCUCUUUCUAUGGGCUUGGAAUGGCACCCCAUGGCACUCCUUUCCUGCUGAGACCCUCCUUUCCCUUCCCCUUCCCUUCACCCUCCAAUGUUUACACCCCUGUGGCCUGCCUAGACCCCCAUUGCUCCUUGGCACCAGGUGCCCCCUGCCCUGCCUUGCAUCCUAGGCACACCCUGGGCAUGGCUGCCAGCCAGGGCCUGAUCCCUUCCCCCUUGGUCACCCCACCUUGCCUUCUUUCCUACCCAGCAGUUCCAGGCUGGUCCCCUUUCUGGAAAUGA